AUCCCUCCAUCAUCCCUCCAUCAUCCCUCCAUCCCUCCAUCAUCCCUCCAUCAUCCCUCCAUCCCUCCAUCAUCCCUCCAUCAUCCCUCCAUCCCUCCAUCAUCCCUCCAUCCCUCCAUCCCUCCAUCCGUCCUCAGCAGGAGAUCCACAUCUUCUCCUUCUGGCUGCAGCGGUUUCCUCAAUCUCCCUCUGAUUGUUUCCUGAUUUUCUGCAGAAGAUGAAACUCCGCCUCCUUUCUGCUGCUUCGUCUCUAAGUUGUGUGUAAAUCUGAGGAGGAGUUUGGACCCGGACCAGAACUUCCUCCUCCUUUCUCUAAGUGGUUUUCAGAGAGGCGUGUUUAAAGUUCCUGAAAGCAUCGGCGGCGCGUUAUCUGCUGCAUUUCAUCACAUCCUGGAGCCUCUUCCUCCUCCUCCUCCUCGUCGCCUCUGACCUCAGACUGAGGGGAGGAAGUUGCGGCCGUUCUGAUCGUCACUCUGAGCGCUGCUGCUCUGCGCGCCGGACCCGACCCGACCUGCAGCAUGGCCUCUUCGCUCGCCCUCCUCUUCCUCAGCCUGCUGGGCUCCACACACGCUCUUCCUCCUCGGAUCUCCUUCCUGCUCAACUCACCAGAAAGACCUUUGCUUCACUUCAGCCUCACAGACGUCAGCAACACCACCACACUGUUGCUUAGCAACGACAGCUCCACCCUUUACGUUGGAGCUCGAAAUGCCAUCCUCUUAUUGGAUGUCAGCCGGAGUGAUGUCAUCAGCCUGAGGAGCAAGGUGACAUGGAGUCCGUCCGACAGAGACAGAGGAGACUGCGCGUACAAAGGGCAGGAUCCGGAGGUCGACUGUCAAAACUUUGUCCAUGUUGUUCAGAGAAUGAACUCCACCCACCUGUACGUCUGCGGCAGCAACGCCUACAACCCUCAGCAAGCCUUCAUCGACCUGGAGAGACUGUUGGUGGUCCAGCAGGACGAAGCUAGAGGGCGCUGUCCGUUCAGUCCGUUUGAACGCAGCUCUACGGUCGUCAUUGACCAGGAACUCUUUGCUGCCACAACCACCGACUUCAGGGGAAGCAAACCACAAAUUUCACGAUUCCUCAGCAAAGAUGGCCGCCCAGACAUCAGCCUGGACUCCUCCAUCAGUUUACUUGAGCCAAGAUUUGUGAGCGCGUCGUUGGACCCGGCAGGACAGAAACUCUACUUCUUCUUUUCUGAAAUCGGGAAGGAGUUCAGCUUCGUCGACGAGCUUCAGAUUCCCAGAGUGGCUCAAGUCUGCAAGGACGACGUUGGAGGACAGAGGAUUCUGCAGAAGAAGUGGACGUCCUUUGCCAAGUCUGCUCUGCUCUGCCAGCCGCCACAACAGCCUCCCUUCAACAUCCUGGAGGACAUGUUCACCCUGCAGCCACCAGAGGGCGCCGACGCCUCAGAAACACUGUUCUAUGGUGUCUUCACCUCCCAGUGGUCCAGGCGGCCUGAGUCUGCGGUUUGCACCUUUAAGCUGAAGGACAUCCGAGACGUGUUUGCUGGAACCUUUAAGACCCUGGAGAAGGAAACGUAUCGACUGAAACACCCAGUGGGACGAAAAUACCUGGGACAGUGCGGCCUCUCAAACUCCUCCGACUCUCAGCUCUCUGAGGUGAAGAUGAACUUCCUGACCAGCAGCAACGUGAAUCCAGUUGCACCAGUUCUUGUUUUUCCUGGGCAGAAAUACAGUCGGUUGGUCGUGAUGAAGGCGAUGGCGGCCAACAGCCAACAGUACGACGUCCUGCUUCUCCUCACCGAGUCCGGGUUCCUCCACAAGGCGGUUCCUUCGGAUCAGGGCCUUCGAGUCGUCGAGGAGAUCCAAGUGUUCAGGGAACCUCAGCGGGUCAAAAGCAUGAUCCUGUCUUCCUCCAAGGGACUCGUGUAUGUGGGAACCUCGGAGGGCGUGACGGCGGUGCCGGUGGCCCGGUGUCUGAGCUACCGGAGCUGCUGGCAGUGCAUCCUGGCCAGGGAUCCGCUGUGUGGCUGGAGUCCGACCCGCAAGACCUGCACGGGUUUGGACGGCGCCGAUGACGACGUAGUUCAAGCCCUGGAGGGGAUCUCAGGGAGCGAGUGUCUGCCGGCAGAGCAGAUCCUGCAGCACCAAGAAGUCUUCGUCCAGCCGGACGAAGUCAUGACGCUUCAUUGUGUGAAGCCGUCUAACCUCACCGUGCUGAGCUGGAGCUCCGCCGACGGCGCGGUUCUACCGGACCGGCUCUUCAUCCAGGCAGCGGACGGCAGCCUCCGCUUCCUGGCCUCCGCCGCGACCUUCGGGAGCUACCGCUGCCAGGCAAAGGAAGGCGACGUCAUGGAGGUCGUGGCGAGCUACGACGUCCGGCCAGCGUCCGGUCCUCGGCAUCUGUCGAAGGUCAACCGGGAUCCGACGACCCUGAGCCCGGAGGAGCCGACUGUGAUCCCGGUUUCAGACGAACCACAGCAUGAAACCCUCAUCACCAACGAUUCCGACCCAGAGGAGCGCGUGACUCAGGCUAAAGGUGAUGCGAUUUCCGACCAGGCAAUAGUCCCGACCUCCAGGAAGGACAGCCGGUCCAUGAAGGACCCGGCUGAGGAGGCACCGACCCAGAGGAGCUACCACAGUGAGCUGGUGGUCGUGUCCCUGCUGCUGGCCGCCUGCAUCCUGGUCCUGGCGCUCGGCGCCGUCCGCCUCUGGAGGCGGCGGAGCGCCGGCUCCGGGUCCGACCGCCUGCCGUCCGCAGACGAUGGAACCAGAACAAACACAUCCAUGGCGAUGCACUCACUGAGCAGCCUGGAGGACGGGGGUCUAGACCAAACCAUCAUCCCGUGACGGAGGUCUGGACGGGUCCGGACCGACCCAUCGUGGAGCCCAGUGGCGGGUCUGGGCCGUUCUGAGGCUCCAGAAUCAGCUUGGUCCCUAUCGGUUGGUCAUGAAGGACUUCCCAGCAGUUCUGACCCAUUUUCAUUCACCUGUAGGUCCAGUAGAUCCUGUUCCCAAUGACUCAGUGUGAAGUCCAGAUCCACAAAUCCUUCGACGGUCAGAUUGUUUCGGUUUAAAGGUCCAGACAUGUAGCACCAUUUUACAGCACAAUCUAGUGACAGUUACCUAUAUAACAGUUAAUAUCAUAUACCUAAAUAUCAAAGAUGAGUCCAAAAAAUUGAGACUUCCUGGUUUAUCAUCUUAAAAUUGGGCCUCUGUCUCUUUAAGAGGCUCCUGCUUUUCCUGAAGCUCCGCCUCCAGGAAGUCGUUGCAACAUGGCUCCUCUAUUAACCCUUUAAUAUUUUUACCAGCCUUGCUCUGAGCAGCAGCUCCUAUAAUGAGCUCAGCAGCUGUUUGCUAAUUUCUGCUGGCUAGUCUGAAGGAGCAGAGUGGGGGUGGAGCUGUGCCUCGGAGGCGGGGCUAGGUCCACCAACUGAUUCAAUACAAACCUAAACAGGAAGCUGAUUUUUAUUUUCAGUUUCUAAAGUGGGAAAAAAGUAAAAACAAAACGUUUUUAGUGUUUUAUUUCUAAAGGUAAUACAUGUUCUAAAAUAAUAAAUCUUUUUUUUCUGACCUUUUCCAGAAAAAUUCAUGUUCUACAUGAAUAUGUCACAUGCAUAAAGUUAUAUAUUUAAAAGCAGCAGUUUGACUUUAUAAUGUUUGUCAUUUUUCUUCUUAUUCUGGUCAUUGUUAAACAUGAAAAGUUUCUUUUGAUAUUUGACAUUUAUUUUUAUGUUUUCUGUGCAGCAGGUUUCUCAGGGAUGAUUUGUCAUAAUUAUUUAUUUUCUCCUGUUCUUUCAGACUCAGAUGUAAUUUAUGACUGUGAAUAUUCCAGACAUCAGCUGGUUUUUGCUCCUCUGUGGUUUUAUUCUCUGUUUGACUAGGACUGUGUCGCCCUCUGGUGGCUUAAAGUAUGUUUGUAAAUUCAUUCAUCAGUUAUGAUCUGACAUAUUAAUAAAAG